UGCUUCCACAUACCUCUCUUACCCCUCUUCCUCAUCUCUGACGUUGUUUAUCGGGAGGGCAGAGUCAACAUCACUAAAAUUCUCAUACGGCUGAAAGACUUGGGUGGCGCGGCUUCCCUUGCUAGGGCUUUAAAACAACUUGUUCACACAGGUCAGAAGGGCCAAAGAGACUACAUGGCACUGAAGAUGCGUGGAUAAUGGCUGCCGGCCUUCGCCAGCCAUAUACUUGGCAUGUCUGUGGAAGUUCGUCUCAAUCAAACAGUUGUCUAGGCCAGUGGAGGUAAUCAUAGGCAUAUUCUCUUUCAACUUGAUGACGAGGCUACCGUUCAUUCCACACUCCCUCCGUUCUCACAGGCUGAUGGGAUGGUUGCGCGUGUAGAACAAGACUACGAAGAAGAAAGCAGCGGGUCAUGUUUGAAAGUUGACUAUCCUAUUGGAGAGUCCCUCGAGGCGCAGUUCCUCAAACGACCUGAGAUUGACAACGGCGUUGCUGCAUCUAUUCGAGUUGGGAUCAAAGGUCUCUCGUUUUACCUCUUGAGGAGAAUGACACUUGAUCGUAAGCACAAUUACGCCAAUUUUGUCAAUGGCCUUGUCGAUGGGGUGAGGGCAUUAGAGGACGCCUUGAAUAAAAUGGGGAUUUACGUCGACUCUAAACAGCAAGUUGCUCCGAACUGGCCGAAGCCUCUCGGAGAACCUGAGCACUCAUUUGGACAACGUGAGGACGAGAUGGGGCUUUUUUUGGAUCACAAGGCUAUGAAAACACUAGUGGAUUCCUGUCCGGUGCAUCCGGUGCAUCCGGUGCAACGAAGGUGGGACAUUUUCGAGUCGAAUACGUGGCAGGACUUUGAAGACAUAAGCCUCCGCAACUGUCCUUGCAUGGUAGUUAGGAAGCUGAUGUACGGUUUCGCAACCACGGCCCUGGCACUAAUGUUAUGCAAUUUUGACGCCGCCGAAGUAAGAGUACAGGAUGCAGUCAUUUCGGGAUAUUCUGAGAUCGCUUUGAGCAAAAGAAUAACAGUAUGUCAUCCUGACCUCCAAUACCACAUGGUGGAGGAGAAACAAAGAGAGGUGAGCGUAUCGGUAAGGUUUAGAGACAUAAUCUAUUACCUAGGGGAACUGAUUUGCUGUGAUUACAUGCCUCACUGGCUCGAUGGCACCAUCCUUGCGAGACCUAGAGCAGAUAACCACGAGAUUUUCGUUCUUUCAAAAAGAGGUUUUACUAUUGUCGUGAUGGCUUCAACCAUCCAUAGCCUCACAUUAUAUUACAUAAUCUCGGUUAUAUAAUUACCGAGAUCUAUACUCGCUUGUACCCUCUAUUCUAAGGCAAGCUUUAUACCGAUUUUUUAUUUUUAAUAAAUAACCGUUCUCUAUAUUUAACGUCGAUGCCCCUGUCGUGACUAUACGAUAACUAUUAAUUACAAGUGCGUAAUGGAGAAUGAGUCGUUUGAUGAUUGUGGCAGAACCCUGCGCGUUCAGUCCGGCCGAACAUCACUGGCUGGAGCUUUUCGCAACAUCGUUGUGGAAGAAACGUUCCUGGUUCCGGAUGGCGCUUUGUAUGAUGUCUUGCAAGGUAUCAACGAAACUGCCGAUGUUGUCUCCUUGGCUGGGAGGAAUACACUGGAACCCAGUCUCAGACCACCGGACACCAAGAUCACUAUGGAUGCCUUUGUCUAAGAGGAUGCCAUCUUAGUUCGACUAAACUUAGCCGGAAAGACAUCAAGGCCAGUGG